GGACUUCUAAUGGCGGAAGUUGCUGCUGCUGUUGCGAUAGGGUGGGGCAUGCAAGCCGCAGGGUGGGUCGCCUCGCCCGUCAUCUCCGAUCUAUACAAGAAAGCAUCCUCGUAUCUUGGCUUUGAUGCAUCGGAGAAGCUAAGUGAGCUUCAGCCAAACAUUUUAUUGUUGGAGCGGGUGAUCGGAGCAGUCGAGGAGAGCCCUUACAGGCCUCGAUUAGAGGGGCUGUACAGCAACCUUAAAUCUGCUUUCUAUGAAGCAGAGGAAAUCCUAGAUGAUGUUGAGUAUUACCGUCUUGAGAAGAUACAAGAUGACAGGCUCAAGGCAAAGGUUGUCGGGCCUUCACAUCGCUUGAAGCAGAUCUGGUCUGCCGUGAAGAGCUCUCCACUAAAACACAAGUGCCAUUUUCUUUCGCAGGAGAGUGGUAUGCCAAAAGUUAAGUUGAAGAAGAAGCUAGACAGAGUAGAAGAGGUCAUAAAUGAUGCAUGCAAAGUUUUGGAACUGAUGAACUUACCAAGCACAAGUGGUGCAAACCAGAGCCAUGUUGCUGCCGAAUCACGGGGUAGUGUCACUACUUCGAGGCCUCUAUCAAAGAUAAUCGGACGAGAUGAAGAUUGUGUUAAGAUCGUAGAAAUGCUUCAUGAGAAGGAAAAACAUGAUCAACCUAACAGCAAUACUGCUCCGUGUUAUUCUGUAGUUGGCAUUCAUGGCAUCGGCGGCUCUGGGAAAUCAACCCUUGCACAACUUGUGUGUGCCCGUGAGAAAAAGGAUAGCCAUUUUGACCUUGUAAUGUGGGUUCAUGUUUCUCAGCAUUUUAGUGUGCGUACCAUUUUGAUGGAGAUAUUUGAAGCAGCUACAGGUACUUUGUGCACUGAAUUUAAAAACCGUGAUACCUUGCAAGAUAAGUUGGAGGAGAAACUACGUGGAAGACGUUUCCUCUUGGUACUAGAUGAUGUUUGGUACAAUAUUAGAGAUAUAACGCAGUCUGAAAAUCUGCAACAGAUACUCUCGCCACUGAAGGCUGGAGAGGCAGGAAGCAAGAUCCUAGUAACUAGUCGAACUGAAGAUGCAUUAUUAGCUCUGGGUACCGUGAAGCAGAGAUGCAUUCCCAUAUCUGUCCUAGAUGAAGAUGUCUUCUGCAGUUUGCUCAUGAACUAUGCACUCCACGGCGUACCUGUUGAUGAUAAUGCUCGUAGAACACUGGAAGACAUUGGAAAAGAGAUUGCAAAAAAGCUGAAGAGGUCACCUCUAGCGGCCAGAAUAGUUGGAGGACAGUUGCGUAUAAGGCAAAACGUUGAGUUCUGGAGAAGCGUUCGAAACCGGGACCUUUUGAACGAGACCACGGGAGCUCUAUGGUGGAGCUACCAUCAUCUUUGUGAGCAGGUCAAGCGAUGCUUUGCUUUCUGCAGUAUAUUUCCUCGAAGACAUUUGUUGGAACGUGACGAGUUAGUAAAGCUAUGGACUGCAGAAGGGUUUGCUAGAUGCACUAGUGAAGGGGAGGAAAUGGAAGAUGUUUGCAGGGAAUACUUUGAUGAACUAGUGUCAGCCUCGUUUCUGCAACUUAAAGCAAAGAAAGAUCCCCGUGAGAAUGACUACUAUUUAGUCCAUGAUCUGUUGCAUGAUUUAGCGGAGAAGGCCGCUGGAAGUGACUGUUUCAGAAUCAUAAAUAGUUUCAAAGAAGAAAAAUUCCUAACAGUGGAAGUUCCUCCAAACGUCCGCCAUAUCUUUGUUUGGACCUAUGAUGAAGAAUUGCUUACUAAGAAGAUAUACCAAUUGUACAACUUACGCACUCUCAUCAUUGGUGAUGGAUUUAGUCUGCAAUCAGUUGGAGAGCGAGUCCUGGAGUGUAUAUUUCAGAGCCUGAGGAAGUUGCGUGUGCUUAUCAUAACUAGUAGUUCUUGCAUGAAUAUUGAUUUCCCCUUAGAUGUGGCAGUCCCAUCAAGUAUUGAUCAAUUAAGGCACCUGAGGUAUCUUGCUUUUCGGACUGGAAUUAAUUAUUUUACAGUUAUCAGGAUGAUUUUACCAGCCACUUUGAGCAAGCUAUACCACAUGCAGAUUCUAGAUUCUGGUAGCAAUAAAGUGGUGUUUUCCUCUUGUGAAGAUAUUUGCAGCCUUGUCCAUUUACGGCAUGUAGUCUGCUUUAAUGAUUUGGAGAUUCCAACCAUCAGCAGGCUAACGUCACUCCGAACAAUGCCGGCCUUCAACGCAAGAAAGGAACAAGGGUACGAGUUAAGGCAACUCGGGAACCUAAACAAGCUUCGCGGCCAGCUAUGGAUCAGAGGCUUGGAAAAUAUUGAAAGCAGGACGGAAGCUCUUGAGGCCAAUCUGGUAGGUAAGGAAGGGUUGGAUACACUGAAACUGUCCUGGAAGAGAGUUGACGUGACUCCAGAAUCUCAGGCGCAAGUACUAGAAGGUCUUUGCCCUCCCAAGGAUCUCGAAUCACUGACUAUCGAAGGUUACAAAUGUCCGAGGUAUCCAAGCUGGAUGCACAACGGUGGCCCAAAGCACGUGAACCACCUCGAGCUUUCACACUGCACCAAACCUGGUCCUGAACUUGGUGGGUUUUGCGCUCAUCUCCGUGAGCUCACGAUUGAGUGGUGCAGUUGGGACGCCUUGCCAGAUUACAUGGAGCACAUGACGUCACUGCAGACGCUACACAUCAUGCACUGCAAUAAUAUUCGGUUACUUCCAGCACUGCCGCAGUCUCUUGAGUACUUCAAACUCCGUACCAAGAAUGAGGUGUUGCUGAGUUCGUGCAGAACAGCUGGAGAUCCAGAUUGGCAAAAGAUUAAGCACAUUCCCUACUUCACUGAGUGGGCGGCACGAUGGGCGCAGCAAUGUGGGCGCAAGCGGAGCGCGCCUUUAUGGGUGUUUCUGCUCGUCGAUCAAGGCUUCAGUCAUGCAGGUCAUGACGGAGCCUGA